ACGGGCGCACGCAAUCAGCGAGUGACAUUUCACAGUGUUUAUGUAGCUGUGCCGGUGAGCUGACUUUCAUUACCAUUGGCUGCUGUGGAGGAGAGUAGAUAUACCCACGUAAGAACACGGGAGGAGUCUAUAGCAGUCAACUGGGAAUCAAACCGGGAGCAAAUCCGGAACUUUUAGAUCGAAUUUGGAUCAAAUAUUAUUGCAGCCCUGAUAUUUUUUUAAUAAGUGAAUUCCGGAUUACCAUUUUUUUUGUUAUUCUUGAUUCUGUUCCAUAAAUAUCCAGGAUGAACUGUGUUACUCUAGGAAGUUUUAUAUGUCUGCUGUAUCUGACUAUUAUAGAGGUGUGUUGGGCCAAUAACUACAGACACUUUAACUAUCGCUUGCCGUCUUAUCUACAGGUGCAACCUCUAAGGGAGUGUACUAAUACUUUCACAGAAUAUAAAAGCAAGUGGUGCUGGGACCCACAGAAUCAUAGAUGGUUUACCAAACUUCAACCUUUCACCAAAAAAGUAUGUUGUCCAGGAUGGGAGGGCCCUAAAUGUGAUAGCAAAUGUUUUGACUGUCAACAAUUUCACAAUUUAACUGAGAGAGUAACAACCUUAGAACGGCGAUCAACAAGUACGACGACAGUUAUAACAGGAAAUGGUACUAAGGGAGAGCGCGGAGAGCCGGGAUUACCAGGCAGAACCGGACCUCAGGGGCGAGAUGGUCGUGCCGGGCAACGUGGACCAAAAGGGGCCGACGGGAUACAGGGACCACCAGGACCUGCUGGACGUUCAGGAAGGAAAGGUGACCCAGGCGUUCCAGGUUUAAGUGGAGCUGACGGUCUCCCUGGGGCCAAUGGUUUAAUAGGACGGAGAGGCGAGGUCGGUCCAAGAGGACGGGACGGCCAAGACGGGGAGCCCGGUCCUACUGGAGAAACGGGACUCCCCGGAGUACAAGGACCACGGGGACCCCCGGGACCCCCGGGACUUCCCGGAUCUGGCGGUGGAAGUAGUGGAAUUCCCGUAAAAGGAGAACCCGGUGAUGUUGGUCCCCAGGGUCCAGCUGGACAGAAGGGAGAGAGGGGAGCCAGGGGUAGUCCUGGGCGGGACGGGCUUAAUGGCGGAAUAGGACUGACGGGGGAGAGAGGACUUGAUGGUCGCACCGGCCGAAAGGGAGAUGCAGGUGAAAGAGGACCUGCAGGUGAAAUGGGUUUACCCGGGGCCUCGGGAUUAGAUGGGGCUAGGGGACCCAUUGGUGCAGCAGGGUUACAAGGAGAAAAAGGAGAAGCGGGACCCGUUGGACCCGCCGGACCUCCAGGACCAUUCGGACCUCCAGGACCCCCCGGAAAUGAUGGAAGACCCGGCUUUUCUGGAGAACCAGGACGGGACGGCGUUGAUGGGAUAAAUGGCCAAGAUGGAUCGGAUGGAAGAGACGGGCAGAACGGAAGGGAUGGAACAAACGUAGAUAUGGAGAGGAUAAAAGAACUUGAAAGAACCAUACAGACGCUUAUAACGAAUAUGACUCGCUGUUGUAACCGAGUGGAAGUUUUAGAAAUCGACCUUAUAGGAAUAAAGAAACAGAUAGACGAGCUUAAUAAAACAAUAAUAGUUAUACCACCUCAACCUGUCCCCCCAGCACCCACCACACCUCGCCCAGGUUGUUCAGCGGACCAGUUCACGUGUGCAGAUGGAACAUGUAUUGGUGCCCAGUUCAAGUGUGAUGAAAUCCCCGAUUGUCCGGAUAGUUCUGACGAGCGAAACUGCCCAGUAACAGUGAGAUGUCCAGAAAGCCAAUUCCUGUGUGAUAAGAAGAAAUGCAUACCGCCAUCGUUUCUAUGUGACGGAAACAGCGAUUGUGAGGACGGAACUGACGAAGGAGAAACAGCUAACUGUGGUCCCAGAUGUAACCCGGACGAGUUCCGCUGUAACAGUGGUCAGUGCAUUCCUGGUGCCUUCAAGUGUGAUACCUACGGAGACUGUGACGAUGCAUCAGACGAAUCCGAAGCCGUAUGUGGUACGAAACCCUCACCAUGUUCACCAUCACAAUUCCAAUGUACAAACAAGAAAUGCAUCAGCAAUUCACUGAUGUGCAAUGACAACGACGAUUGUGGUGAUAAUUCGGACGAGGACUCGGAAAUGUGUGGUUUUGAAAUUGGAGGAACGGAAGGCCCAGGGAGUGGUGAACAGGAUGAUGACGAAAGUAGACCACCACGAGGAGAUAUCCCAUAAUUUCACCACCAAACCCGCAUGAUAUUUAUUACAUUUGACAGCUUCACCAACUCCUACUGCCAACUGCGACUGUGACAAUCUACCACCACCUCCGCUUCCGCCACCGGGAAUUCUGGGGAACAUGAGGGAAUCUCUUGAUAGCUUCGUCGAAUCAGUACCUAACCGGCCAUGCGCAAAGUGUCUUCCGGGAUUUAAUGAACACAAUGAUUGGGUGUUUGUAGCUAAUCAAAUGAAAGCUUCUGAGAUCGUAGUGGCGGAAGUAAAAAACUCUAUGACAUCUGGUUGUCAUAGUAUGUAUAAACAAAACGGGAUUAUAACUUUGACAGGAAUAUUCAUGUUCAGUAUUCUGUGAAAAAAAAACAAUUGAAAAUUGAUUUGUCAUUGAUACAAGUAUGCAAAGCAAAUGUGUAAAUAUGUAGAUGUCUGCAGUUUUUCUUUGUGAUAAAAUUGAAUGUAAUAUUUUUGUACAGACGAAUUUAAGAGUAAAGAGUUUAAUACUAAUAUCACUUUGACAGCCUUAAUGAAAUCCAUCUUUUACAAUGAAGUUUUAAUACAAGUGAUUUGUAAAUAAUCCGUUUUUUAUAUAUUUACUUGAGUUAUAUAUAUUAAGAUAGGCUUACUAUUUACUAAUGGUUGAAAAAAAUCAUUACUCUCGAAAACACUAGUGUCAAAUAUAUUACAUCAGAAUUAAUUCGAAAUGCGUGUGCAGUCUGAUAGAUGUGGUAAGUGAAUAUAAAAUAACACAUAACAAACAAUUUUCUUUUAUUAUUAAUAGUUACAUAUGUUUGGCGUGGAUAUGUAAUUUUAUUCAGCCAUUUGUUUUCCUGAUGAGUCGACAACUGCUGGCAUCUAAUAUAUCUUAUAUAAAAAAACCUGUUUUAAGACGUUUUUGAUAAAUGCAUUUGAUUGCAAAUACCAGUAAUCCACAUGUAUUAUUAUGCGUCAAAAUUGUCACAAAGUUACGCAAUGAAAUAUAUAUAUAAGAAAAUGUAUCUUUAUUGCUUUCUCAAUUUAGCUUGAGCAUUUACUAUGGUCAGUGUCUGUAUUCAUGUUAAUGAUAUUAAUUCGUUUUUUUUGUUCAGAAGUUUCUGAGUGUACGUGUGGUAUCAAAACAGGUGCGUAAUGAUAGAACUUCAGUCAAUAAUCACAGCUUAACUUGUCUUGUUGUGGCUAUUCAUUUUUUGUUAUAUUUUUGCAUUUUUAUAAUCAAUACAGUCUCGUUUUAUUCAAAAGUGUAUAAGAACAUAUUCAAUGCACGUGUACUUGGGUCAUUGCAUGUUUGUAUAUUUUUUUUAGAUAUGAAUGUAGUUUAUCUGGAUUUAGCAAAUUAAUAUGACAAAAACAAAAAUUGAAAAUUUGAACAAUUAGAAACUAUUUAUUUUUUAUUUUUAAUUGAUUUUUAAUACCUGCCGUAUGCUUUUGACAUUAGUUAAAUGAAAAGCGGUGGUGCCUAUAACAAGAAUGUAAUAUUCAAAAUUUAUAUCAACGUCUUUCAUCAUCAAUCACUGUCGAAAAAAUAGUUUUUUCUUUUCAUUCUUUAUAUGCUCAUUGAAUUAGUAAAUCUAAAAAUAACAGAUGAUAUAGAAGUACUUUCGAUUCGAUAUUUUUUACUAGUAUCAAGAUUUCAUACAUUGCCAAUCAGUGAGACUAUAUGUACGUGUAAACCAAUACUCACAAUGUACACCAUGCUGGUACUACAACUAAAACAGGUACAGACCUUACGAUAUUUGUCAGUCUUUACUGCUGAAAGUUAUAUAGUGUUGGUAUAAAUUUAACAUGUGCCUUAUAUUGACCGCUGGUACCAAUGAUUGAAAUAAACAAUAUAAUAACAUCAUGUCA